GUACUCGUGUUUCAUUUGCGGCGAACUCUAAGCAAUGAAGUGACUUAACUGGCUGGUUAAAAACCAAUACAUUCCCACAUAGUCUUGCUAAACGACUUGAGUCAGCCGAUAACGCAGUUAGCCUAAACGGACUUUGGAUCCCUUGGCACAUGUUCGAGCGCACGGGAAUACCGUGCUGUCGGUGAAUCCCGAUUGCUGAUUGGCCAAUGGGAAGCGUAGCGCUCUAUCGUGAGGUUAUAAGUAUGGGGACAUUACUCAGCGAGCAGCAUUUGUGCUCGUGUUUCAUUUGUGGCGAACCAUAAGCGAUUAAGUGUCUGAACCGGCUGGAUAAAAACAAAAACAGAAAAUACCGUCAUUAUUUUCGAUAGUGUGGUGCACUAUAAUCUUGAAUAAGGAGAUAUAAUAAUCGUUUUUGGUAUUUUGAAAAAUGACAGCCGAGGUCGCGAAGAUGCCCCAUAUGGAGAUUUUCUACCGUCUUUUGGAACUUCCAGUAGUGGAGAGCGCACUCUCUAAAUCUGCCGAACAAUAUACCCGCGUGAGAGACAGCAACCCGGUAGUUCAUUGGAUUCUGACCACCGCAGAAUCGUCUUUGAGCACCGCGACGAACAUGGCGGUGGUUCCCAUAGCGGCGCCCAUAGCGAGGAAACUCGAGACCCCCAUACAGUUUGUUGACCACACGCUAUGCUUUGGUCUUGACAAAAUCGAAGAAAAGGUGCCGAUGGUUAAAGAGAAACCUGAGCAGAUACUGGAGAACGCAUAUAUGUUGGCACUGCAGAAUGUUGUUCAGCCAGCCGUUUGGAGUAUUUCGCACGUGAAUGAUUUGAUAACCAUGCAAGCCUCCAAUUUGAAGGACGUCAGCUGGAACAAGGCGAAUCAGAUCCUAGGAACACAUUAUGGCAGCGCGGCUGUUAAGGGCUUGGAUAACACAGCUGUCGUUGUCGAUAAACUGAUCGAUAGAUAUUUUCCGGCUACUGGGGAUGAAGAGUCGAUUGUAAUUAAAUCAGCGGAGGAGGACAAAUUGCUGCACACGUUGCAGACGGUGGGUCGUUUGUCGAACAAGGCGGCGAGACGCGUGUACGCUAACAUAGUGUGCCACAUGAGCACCGUCCGAACUGACAACAUAAAGGCUUACAUCGGUUCUGUGCUGCAGUUUCUACAGCUCACGCGGUAUUUGCACUCGAUAAACGACAAAGAGCGCGAUUCCGCCAACGCCGCUAAAUCAGAAAAGAAGCAAAAUUAAUUUCCCCGGUAUUGUCAUUCUCGGGAGAAGACAGCUGUCCUCGGGGAGAAAAUGGUCUCUCGACUAUUAUUAGUUCCGAAUUUACUGUUCACGCACAUUCUGUUACUCACGAUAUUGUUUUGUACUAAUUGCUUCGGGAUUACCUAUAGCGCGACGAUCAUUUUUUCAAGGUUACGUUGCGUCGGCGUGGAAUUGCAAUUUUCUACUGCAACGUUGCGUACAAACGUUGUUAACAUUUAAAUGUCGAGGAAUCGGGGUCCGAAGACGAGAUUGGAUGAUUCUGAAAUAAAUUUCGUUCAGAUGUAAUGAGCCCAGAUACAGUUAACCUUUUGCAGUCGAAGCUAUUUUAAUUUGAAAUUCGAAACAUAUUUUUUGAUUUAUUGAUAUGAAAUUGAGCCUGUUGGCAAGUAGAAUACUUGCAAUUUCAACAGUUUUUCAAAAUAUAAACGAAUCUGAUACUGUUACAAUUAUUUAGAAAAAUAGUCAGGGUCAUCACUCGAGUGCAAAGGGUUAAGUGGGUGAAAGUGGACAAUUUGGAAAGAGCAGACACGAUUAUUCGCCACUUUUGCGCCCAGUUCUUUAUAGUUGUUGACAAUUUGCAACUAUGAAAACGAUUCGCGAGGCUCGAAUAAUCGUAUCUCCCCUUCUCGAAUUGUCCACUUUUGUUUACAAGCUCUGGGACAAUUGGGGAGAAUUUACUGCGAUUCGUAAUGGUACCAGAGAACCUCCUAGGGAAUUUACUCUAGAGAAAAACAGCGGGCUGUUGGAAUGCUUGGCUGCCAUGUUAAUGAAAUAGAAGCAGCAAAAUAAUUGCACGGUGACAUUAGAAUGUUCUAGGGACUUUUUUCUUCGCAGAAAGAGCUUCGUCUAGUUUUUACACGAUUUGCAAUGUAACAUUUCUUGCGAGACGCAGUAUGUAUCCCUACAUUCGUUGCAAAGGUGAGUAACGACUGCAAUUUUGCAACGAAACAGCUAUGAAGAGCACAGUAAUUUGUCGGAUUUAAUAAUUGAAAUUUGAUAAUGGCAUACUUUUCGCGCGGAAAAUUGAAGGAUGUGGACAGAGAGGGAGACUCGUUCGAGAGAAAUAAUAAUUUCUUAAUAAACAUUCGCUUUCCUUUCAUUUUUUACACGCUAGGUGGCAAUAACAUACUUUCAUAAACAUU